CGGAAACCCAAGGAAGGAACCACCGUCGUGCACUGUUCACCACCGUCAAACGAACCGCCCUCGUGAAGGUUUUAAGGUCCAUUGUUCAAGCUUAACACAUAUGGCUGAAAGGUCAUUCGAAGUACAAAUUCCAUUUCGCAAGCACUUUCCAGCCCAGUUAUCUAUGUGCUCAUAUUUCAGAGAGGCUGUAAGCUUGGUCAAAGCUGCGCUGACAAAGGACCAAUUAGAAGAAUUUAAGAAAUUGCCAUGGGGCCACCUAUUAUCCGUGCCAGACAUGCAAUUUUCUGGCCAAAUCAUCCAUUCUCUACUGCUGAGGCUAGUCAAGGACCAACCUAAAGAUGAGCUGUGGUUCUUGAUUCAAGGGAGGCUGUUGAAGUUUACGUAUGCUGAUUUCUGUCGCAUAUCCGGUCUCAAAUCAUCAGCGGAAAAUCCUGUCUUUAAUGAUGAUGAAGAAGUGCAUGGGACGCUAAUUGAUUUGUACUUUCGUGGAUCCACGAACAUCACGUACAAAAUGUUGAAGGACAAGUUGAAGUCAUUUAGGCGUACAAAAAAAGGAGAUCCUGUGAAGUUAGUGUCUGUUUGUUACAUUAUGACGGCCUUAAUUGCUCGGGAUAACAAAACCAAGAUAAAUUUGGACUAUUUCAAGUGGGCUGAUGAGUUCGAGAAGUUUAAGAUGUAUCCAUGGGGUUUGGAGUCCUAUAACACCAUGAUUGACAACUUCAAAAGUAUCAUGAAAGAGCAGCCCACCAGGUUCAGGCAAAG